AUGAUAGAAAAGAUAAUGGAAGACCAUGAAUUAAGAAUUUGUGAUUUAGAGACUAACUUAGAAAUGGUAUUAACAAAAAACAAAACGAUACAAGAGAUUUCUAAAGUUAUUCAUGUGCAUGAAAUUGAAAUAGACAACAAUGCAUUAGAUAUAGAAGUACAGAGGUAUUUAAUAGAGAAAAUUAUGAAAAAAAAAAUGGAUAAUAAUACAACUAAUGAAGAAAUUGUAAAAGAAAUGAUACAAGAAGAAUUUAAAAAGAAAUAUCUUCAGAAGAGAAAAGAUGAAAUAGAAAAGAGCAAGAACGAAAACAUCAAUAAAACAAAAGACGCUCCAACAAAACAAACAGAUUAUAUUCUAACAAAACAAACAAGCAAUACCAUAAUAAACAAUCUAAUGAAUAACACAACUGUUUCUCCAGAUGAAUUAUUCAAUCCUACGACUCAAAUCAAAGAAAUAGAAGAAGGACUAGAAGAAAAAUAG